CCUACCUCAGCCCUUCGUACUGGGACGUUGGGGAGGGGGCUGUGCCGGGCGGAGAGAACUCAGCAAGGAUUCUGAGAAUGGUAAAUAACACUGAUCAUCUCUGGAAAGCAUAUUGAUCCGCCUCAUGUAAAGUAUGCUCAGUUCCUUUCCAGUGGUUUUGCUGGAAACCAUGUCUCACUAUACAGAUGAACCCAGAUUUACCAUAGAGCAGAUAGAUCUGCUUCAGCGCCUUCGGCGUACCGGAAUGACUAAACAUGAAAUUCUCCAUGCCUUGGAAACUUUGGACCGUCUUGAUCAAGAGCAUAGUGACAAAUUUGGAAGAAGGUCCAGCUAUGGAGGAAGUUCAUAUGGGAACAGUACCAACAAUGUCCCAGCAUCUUCCUCUACGGCUACAGCUUCCACACAGACCCAGCAUUCGGGAAUGUCCCCAUCGCCUAGCAACAGUUAUGAUACCUCCCCACAGCCUUGCACUACCAAUCAGAAUGGGAGAGAGAAUAAUGAGCGAUUGUCCACAUCCAAUGGAAAGAUGUCGCCAACUCGCUACCAUGCAAACAGCAUGGGUCAGAGGUCAUACAGUUUUGAAGCCUCAGAAGAGGACCUAGACGUAGAUGAUAAAGUGGAGGAAUUAAUGAGGAGGGACAGCAGUGUGAUAAAAGAGGAAAUCAAAGCCUUUCUUGCCAAUCGGAGGAUUUCCCAAGCAGUUGUUGCACAGGUAACAGGUAUCAGUCAGAGCCGGAUCUCUCAUUGGCUGUUGCAGCAGGGAUCAGACCUGAGUGAACAGAAGAAAAGAGCAUUUUACCGAUGGUAUCAACUUGAGAAGACAAACCCUGUUUAUCCUGGAACCAGAGCUAGGCUCACCCAUUAUCAGGAAAUUGGAGGAAGUUACUUCAAUGAGAAUCAAUACCCAGAUGAAGCAAAGAGAGAAGAAAUUGCAAAUGCUUGCAAUGCAGUUAUACAGAAGCCAGGCAAAAAACUGUCAGAUCUGGAACGAGUUACCUCCCUGAAAGUAUAUAAUUGGUUUGCUAACAGGCGGAAGGAGAUCAAGAGGAGAGCCAAUAUCGAAGCAGCAAUCCUGGAGAGUCAUGGGAUCGAUGUACAGAGCCCAGGAGGCCACUCCAACAGUGACGACGUCGACGGGAACGACUACUCCGAGCAGGAUACUUGGCAAGAUGACAGCACGAGCCAUAGUGACCACCAAGACCCCAUCUCAUUAGCUGUGGAAAUGGCAGCAGUCAACCACACUAUCUUGGCAUUGGCCCGACAAGGAGCCAACGAAAUCAAGACAGAGGCCCUGGAUGAUGACUGAUCAGGGAGGUUAAACACGACAAGUUAACUUAGUUUAGAUGUAGCACCUUAGCAGACUUUCCUCGGUCCUUAACAUGUGUUCUUACAGUAUAACUUGCAGUUUCUUGUAUGUCAGGUAGCCGUUAGGGUCUUGUUCUGUGAAGAUGGCAUGGUGCCCUCAGCCUUUGCAUAUACUCUCUCAGUAUUAAUUCCCAGUAAAUAAUAACCAACCAACCAAUCUUCCCCCUCCCAGCCCCUGAGGCUAGAAAAAUCUUGCUGCUCUGUCUUAGCAUUCCAGGAAAGUGCUUCCAGGUAUUUAGAUAGCCCUCAGUUCUCAAAUAUUAGGCUACGUGUAAAAUCUUGGGUACCUUAGAUUCAUGUAACACUAGUCUGUACCCCGUUUUCCUUCCCCAAGACUGAUAGGAUGCAAGCUGAGGUAGUGUCACGGGAAUGACAGACACCGUGUGGGGAGUAUCUACAGAGUCAAAGGAACACUAGAAUCCCCACCUCAGCGUGAGGAUAAUUGAUUUCCAGCUGCAAUAAGCCGUGCCUCCUUAUAGUCACACCGUGGCUAGAUUACACUUCUCUGGGUGCUGUGCUAAGAAUGUCAAUGGAAAAACUCAAUCUCAGAUUUUGGUUGUGGUUAACAUGCCUGACAGACAUCCUUUCCUCUCACAAGCUGUGUGACUUAGUAGAUAAAAUACUGCCUUCUGCCUUUGGGACCAUAAUUAAAAACAAAAAAAAAGACAAAAGU